AUGGUUUCUCUAAAAAAGAAACUCCAAGUUUUAAAGAAAAAUCUUAAGGAGUGGAACAUGCAAGUUAGAGUUGAUCGGCUCAAUGAUAAAGAUGAAUUGAUUAAGAAGUUGUUGGUUCUCGACAAGCAAGUUGAUCCGGGAUGUGCAACUUCGACAAAUUUGGAGAAUAGGAGGAUGUUGUUUAAAGAAUUGAUGGGUAUUGAGAAGAAAGAUAUGGAUGAUUUGGCUCAAAAAGCUAAAAUUAAGUGGCCUAUCGAGGGUGAUGAUAAUACUAAGUUUUUUCAUUGUAUUCUCAAUAAUUCUAGGAAACAGAUGGCUAUUCGCGAUAUUUUUAAAAAUGGUGUUUGGAUGGAUGACCUAAUGACUGUCAAAGCUAAAUUCCUUGAUCAGUUUAGUGUCAGGUUCGCCAAGCCUACUACUCCUAUGGCUUCAGUUGUACAUAAUUUUACUUAUAUCUUGUCUUUUGAGCAGGUUGCUGCUUUGGAAGCUGAUGUUUCUUUUGAAGAGAUCAAAAAGGCUGUGUGGGAUUGUGAUAGCUUUGUGAGCAAGGAGCAGUUUGCUUUCAUUAAAGGUAGGCAAAUCCUUGAUGGUCCUUUUAUUAUGAACGAAGUUUUAUCUUGGUGUAAGUUCAAAAAUAAAUCGGACAUGGUUUUCAAAGUUGAUUUUGAAAAAGCCUAUGACUUGGUGAGGUGGGAGUUUCUUGAUAUUAUGAGUAGGAUGGAGUUUGGUGUUAGAUGGAGAAACUGGAUACAAGGAUGUUUAUCCUUUUCCCGGGGUUCGGUUCUGGUUAAUGGCUCUCCCAUAGAAGAAUUCCAACUCUUCAGAGGGUUGAGACAAGGAGAUCCAUUAUCCUGUUUCAUGUUUAUUUUGGUCAUGGAGAGUUUACAUGUGGCGUUUCAAAAAGUAGUUGAUAAUUGUCUUUUUUGUGGCAUUUCUCUUGAUUCUUCUUCCAGCUGUUGUUUAUCUCAUCUUUUUUAUGUGGAUGAUGCUAUUUUUGUGGGUGAAUGGAAGGAUUCAAAUGUCAAAAACAUCGUUCGGGUGCUUCACAGUUUCUUUUUAGCUUUGGGUUUGAAAAUUAAUUUAAAUAAGAGUAAGCUUCUUGGUUAUGAGGUCCUAUUUCGCAGGUUGAAGAUUUGGCUUCUGUUAUUGGAUGUAUGA